GUGCUGGAACCGGUGAGACCAGCUCAGGUGUCACCUCCUCCCUCCCCGACCAGUCCCGAUCCCAGCCAUCACUCCGCACCGACACCGCCCGGAGAGCAGUGUCAAGAUGGGGGAGACUCAGAUUUACAGCCAGCGCCUGCAUGGAAUCACUGAGAAGCGCAGAAUCCUGAGUGAGGUGGACAGAAUCCAGAGGGAGCUGGAACAGCAGAGAGUCAAACUGCAGCAGUUAAAGAGAAAGUCUCUGCGAGAUCGCUGGUUGAUGGAUGGCCUGGUUCCUACAGCAGGAGCAGAAACUGACAACCCAUUAAGCGAGACAGAAGGUCAAAUAAAGGACCUCGAACUUCAGCUGGAAAGUCUUCAGUCAGACCUGGUGUACCUGGAGAACCCAGAACUGAAGGCUUUGAAAGGAGUGAAAGUCCAGGGGGUCACCUUGCAAAAAGAACUUGUGAAUGGUGAAAGAAACCUGCAACACGUGGAUCAAAAUGAAAACCUUAAAAAACAUUCAAUUACAGAAGAAAGCGACCAACCUGGUAAUAGUCAUGGGGAAAAGCCCGCCGUAUCCCAACAAACCGACCAUCCAGGUGCCAGUCGGGGAGAAAAGCCCGCCGUAUCCCAAAAAGACCCUAAGUCAAGCCCGGAGGUGGGGGUGGAACAUCCUGUCCCAGCUCCUCAAUCUACAAAUGUAUCAGAAAAUCAUGAGGUAGAGCACAAUCUCCAUCUAGAACUUUCCAACUCAAAUGAACCUGACGAUAAACAAACACAUCCAAGCCAAAAUGCAGAAGGUUCUGUCCAAAAAGAUGAAGGUGGUGUCCACAACUCUCUCAAUGAAGAACAUGAAAUGCAGAAUUCAGGGCAGAGCCCGGAACAUCAGGAUCAGAGAGGAGAACAUCAUGCUCAUUCCGGAGAUCCUCAAGAACUCAGCCUAGAUGGAGAUACUGUUGAUAAAGUCCAAAGUAUUCCAGACCAGAAGCUCCGUUCCCUUGAGAACACUUUUGAGCAGGAAAACCAAAAUUUGAGAAGUCUUCCAAGUGAAUUAGGAAGUGUUAGUCAGAAAACAGGUGACUUGCAACCAAGUUCUGGAAAGGAAGAUUUGAACAUUGAUUUGUUCCCACAGGACCAGGAUGGUAAGGAGUCCCUGCUGGAUGAAAUUACAAAACUGGUGAACUUUGGAGAUCAAGGAGAAAGCAACCAACAGAACCAGGAUGGUAACAAGCCACGUUUAUCUACUGAACAUCUCAGUCCAGAAUCUCUAGAAGUGCACAUCAACGAAGGACAUAGCCAAAAUCUAGAGGAACACAAAGUUUUGGUGUUGAUUAGCCAUGAACAAGGUCACACCCCAGAUGAAGAGUUUGCAUUGUCUUUAGAGACAGAAAGAGCACAACCUGUUCCAGGAAACACCCAAACAGAAGCUGAGGAGCCUGUGGCAGUUUGCAUGGAGAUUGAGCCAACAGAUGUCUUAAAUCAGGGCUCCAUUUUGCAUCGUGAGGACCAGACUCCGGAUUCAGCACCCUCACCAUUAGAAAACUCUCAGAGCUCAGUGCUGCCACCUAGUGACCAGGAAGUAUGCACAACACUGCCAUGUAAAGACCAAGUUCCCAGCCAGUCGCCGUUAUCUGGAAGCCAGAAUCAAGUUGACCAAGUCCAGAUACCCCAAGUCUUAGGGGCAGCUGCCUCGGGACACAAGCAACGCUCUUCUAAUCCUCCUCACGACCCAUCAGCCUCCCACAAGCCUGAGACCAAAGAAACCAGCACCGCUCCUGAAAGCCAGCCCCUAUUACAAAAGCCUCAAGAGACUGAUGCCCACCAAGGAGCCAACACAGCCGAGACACGGGAUAAGAGCACGCCGACGAAAAAGAAGACGUGCCAAUGUUGUGUGGUCAUGUGAG